AUGCUAAGAUUGAUCCAAGAUAGUGAAAAACCUGAGUCAAAAGAGAAUUUUCUUUGGCUGUAUAAGUCUCUUGGUGAGACUUACAACGAUUUGAACCAGGAGCUCCUCAACGGCUUCCUCAAAUUUGAUCUUAACAAUGCCUCUUCCUUUGUAGCUCCAAUGGCGCAUCUGAGCUCCUUUAACUCUGAUACUUGUCCUUCUCUGGAGUUAGAUUUGGAGACACGAGCUUCUUACUCGUCUCUUAAGCACCACCUGGUCUCACCAAGGGGGAAAACGAGCAGUGAGUCUGCGCAGAGCUUGAAACUAAAGGGUGAUUUUGAGAAGAACCAGUCUGCAUUUUUGCUUGCUGAUAUCUUUCGUGAUGAGCUAGAAACUGCGCUGGGAGAAUUAGAAGCCAGAAACAGAGAAGUUGAAUGUGAAAAAAGACAGGUUCUUGAGUUAGAGAGUAAGCUAUCCGAUUCAAGUUGCAAGAUUGAGAGUCUAGAAAGUGAGCUCGAGCAGUGCAAUGAGCUUUUAGAGGUAUCAGAAGCCGAGGUUUCAAAGCUUAUGGAAAUGUGGAGUGAAUGGAAGGCCGAGAAAGCGAAGCUGCAAAAGGAUAAUGCUGCUGAACUGUUAGAUAGCCUAAGAGCAGAGUUGAGAUCAAGAGAUGUCCAAAUCGAGCAAAUGGAGGAGUACUUAAACCAGGUGUCUUUUAAAGACACUGGGAUUGUGUCUGAAUCAGGAACCGACAAGAAUGUCAUGGAAGAAUUGGAAACUAGAGUUGAAGAGCUGGAGAAUCAAGUGGAGAUGCAGAGGAAUGUGAUAUCAGAAAGAGAGGAAGAGAAAAGGAAAGCUAUAAGAGAACUAUGUUUCUCUCUUGAUCAUUACAAGAGCAGAUACAUACAACUUGUAAGAUCACUUUCAGGCAAAAACAAGGUAUGCCUUGUAACUUGAUUUGUAUCAAAAUCCAAAACUUGUAGGAAAAGAUUAGGCAUAUGCUUA